GGUGGAUGAAUACUGGACUGUGGCACAGUGUCACAGCUGCGUAGCUGUGGGAGUUAUUGAAAAGACUGGCUGUGAAAAAAGAUACAUUGCAUGGUUAUAUUAGGUAUUCUCCCAAGGAGAACCCACAAAGAUACGUAAAAAAUGCCUGGAAUGAUGGAUAAAGGGUCGGAGUAUCUCGGAAAGGGACGCUCUAACGGAACAAAAAGCCCUUCAAAUGCAUCGAAUGGACAUGUUUCUGAUGAGAGUGGCAGUGACGACGAGCACGAUGUCGGAAUGCGUGUGGGGUCCGAUUAUCAAGCCAAUAUACCAGAAUUUGAUCCUGGUUCUACCAAGUACAGUGAUAAAGAUAGUGGGGGAAUGUUGGUGUGGUCUCCAUAUCACACCAUUGUCGACCCAAAAUUGGAUGAAUAUAUUGCCAUUGCAAAAGAGAAGCAUGGAUAUAAUGUUGAGCAGGCAUUGGGCAUGCUGUUCUGGCACAAACACAACAUUGAGAAGUCCCUGGCAGACCUGCCCAACUUCACCCCCUUCCCCGACGAGUGGACCGUGGAGGAUAAGGUGCUGUUCGAACAAGCCUUCAGCUUCCACGGAAAAAGCUUCCACAGGAUUCAACAAAUGUUACCAGACAAGUCCAUAUCCAGCCUUGUGAAGUAUUACUACUCCUGGAAGAAGACCCGUUCCAGGACCAGCCUGAUGGACCGCCAGGCCAGAAAGCUGGCAAACCGAAACGCCCAAGAUGAAAGUGAUGAAGAAAUGGAGGAGGCCAACCCCAUCGAAGCAAACGAUAGCGAUUAUGACCCCACCAAGGAGACGAAAAAAGAGAGCCACACGGAGCCCCAGCCCCUGAGCUCCUCCAAGAUUGGGCUCGGCCGACGGGAGCACCUGACGCUCAUGCACCGGCACCACUCACAGCGUUCCAAGUGCCGGCCGCCCAAGGGCAUGUAUCUGACCCAGGAGGAUGUGGUGGCAGUGUCGUGCAGCUCCAGCGCUGCCAACACCGUCCUUCGGCAGCUGGACAUGGAGCUGGUGGGCCUCAAAAGACAGGUUCAAAAUGCAAAGCAACUGAACAGUGGUCUGAAACACAGGAUGGAAGCGGGCAUUGAUGACUUCAGGCUGCCAGAGUGCAACCAAAAAGUUAAUGCCCGCUGGACAACAGAUGAACAGCUUCUGGCAGUUCAAGGUGUCCGGAAGUACGGGAAAGACUUCCAGGCCAUUGCCGACGUUAUCGGUAAUAAGACAGUAGGGCAGGUAAAGAACUUCUUUGUGAACUACCGCCGCCGGUUUAACCUGGAGGAGGUGCUGCAAGAGUGGGAGGCGGAGCAGGGAACUGGCACCCCCAACGGUGACACUGCCACCUCUGGCGAGGAGGGGAAGAACAGCUCCAACACCCCUUCUGGGAAGAGUACGGACGAAGAGGAGGAGGAGGGCCAGGUGACCCUCUCGUCAGGCCCUUCUCCCGCUGCCACUUCCUCUGCAACUUUCCAGACCCUGGUGAUGUCGUCGGCAACCUCGCUCAACCAGCCACCCCCGCUCCUACGGCCUUCCCUGCCGGCCACCCCAGCCCUCCACAGGCAGCCGCCCCCUCUCCAGCAGCAGGCCCGCUUCCUCCAACCCCGGCCCGUGCUCAACCAGCCCCCCCCGCUCAUCCGGCCCUCCAAUCCCCAGCCCCCGCGCCUCAAUCCCCGGCCGCUUGUCCCCACCUCCACAGGGUGCCCAGGCUCCAGCCAGCCGCCCCCCACCCUGGUGGGUAUCCCAUCGGAGACGCCGUCCUCCUCCACGCUGCACUGAGUGUGUGCAAUGGCGAAGGAAGAAAACUGAAAAGUCGUGGUCGUUUUUUAAAACUUGGUCGUUUGUUUGCUGUUGUUUUCCUGAAGGUCGUCAAUCGUUGGUUGUUAUGAGGAAAUGAUGUAUAUUAAUGAGAAAAGUAAAACCGUUGAAGUUUUUAAAGUAUAUGUAUAUUAGGUUAGGUCUUAGUUUUUUUAUUUAUUUGAAAUCACUUUUUUUAUUCACUCAUCUUUAACAGACUUGCUUAGAUGUUAUGUGUUGGUGAUGUUAAAGAUUUACUAGAAGCAUUGGUUCUUUUUGAAAGUGUUCUUGGCUUCUGGUUAAUGUAUAUUUUACAAACUGGCAAAAUUUGCAAGUAGUAUAUAAACAAAAGGUAUAUUGAAGACACUAUGAUGGACAAUACACACAACUAGUGAAAAGGUGGCGUUGCCAUAUUUCUGUUGGAUUCUUUGAUUUGCUGUAACGCAUAUUUGUUCUUUGAGCGAAUAUAGACGUUUAUCUUUUAUAUAAGCAUUAUUUAUUUUUCUACUCGGUGCUAUGGACUUGACUGAUUUUUGCCUAUGUCCAGUAUAAUAAUAACCAUUGUGUAAGUGCUCUUACACCUCUAGGACAACUGUAUUUACGUGAUUGAAUUGAUCUAAACUGGAAGAAACCGAUUUUAAAAAAUGAUGAACCGGUUAAUAAAAUGAACUUGUUUAAUGUAAUAUUAAGCUACGAGGGUGUCACUGUCAGUCAAUUGAUUGUUGUAGUCAGUGAGCCACAUUUUCAGGAAUUUGUUUAAAUGAUUUUCAUUUAAGAUAUAUUGAAGAACAAAAUGUUUGACUUCUGUACAGUUGUGUAAUUUGUUUGCAUAAUUUUAAACCAUGAUGAUGAUAACUAAAACAAAAUUCAAAAGCGUGUUUUUAACGGUCGCCUAUCAGUCAUUCCCAGUGUAAGAUGUGGCAUAGUCCCUAACAUAUCCAUUCAAAUAUUUCUAACAUUUUGUUUUAUGUUGUCUGUCCAGCUAUGAUCUAUAGUUUCUUACCAAGUUUUGGGAAUGAAUGAGUGCCACUUCAUGUUCGGGGUUGAAAGAUUCCGUAAAACGUUAUAUGUUCUCCAGAAAUCCUGGUUGUAAGAUUUCUGGAACGUUUCUCAAAUUCUGCCUAAUCACUGUUAAGGAAUGGAGGAGGAAAUAGGCGAAAUCACUACUGUACAUGGUGACAAGCUUUAACAUGUUGAAAUGCGAACUUAAAUUACCCUUGAACCACUAAUACACUGAGUCAUUAAUCCUUUCCUGUGGAAAUAAUGUGGCCAGAAGUAAGUAUAAUCAUGGACAUUGAGGACUUGCAUUUUGCCUUAAAAAUACAUGACAUUGUGUUUACUAUGCUAUCCGCUUGCCAUUAUUUUGGUCUCUCGUUGCACUUGCAUUUCAAUCAAGUGUCUUUCAAAAUUUUUCAAUUCCAUGUCUAUUGUAGUACAUUUAUUUGGUUUGUCCUAUGUUGUCAUUACAUUUCCCUGCCUGCUUAAAUUGAAAUGAAUAUUGCCCCAAAAAUAUAGCAUACUGGUGCAAUCCCAAAUAUACAACUAUAAAUAGCACUUAAAUCAAAUAAAAACAUUUGGAAUUGUU